AAACACAUUCUCUCCCAUCCCAUACUCACAUCACAUGUUUUGAUCCACAAAACCAAAACACAAAAUUUUCUAAAUCUUUUUUCCUCACACACCAAAUCCCAACAAAAAAACUCAACAAUUUUUAUAUAUAAAUUUUCAAAACAGUCCAAAAAUCCCUCCUUCUUUAACCCUCUUUCCCUAUAACCUUUUGUCUUUCACACUUUUUUCUCUAUAACCUUCUCCAAUGUUAACUCUUUUCAUACUUACCCUUCAAUGCUACAUAGCUUCUUCAGCUAUACUAUACAGUUUGAAACACCACCACAACAAUCUCCACCAUCAAAGACCAAUGAUUCAUGCUAACCAAACAACAUGUGCAUUGUUUGUAGGAACAUGGAUUCCUGAUGACACUUACCCUUUUUACCAAUCUUCAAACUGUCCCAUGAUAGAUCCACAGUUCAACUGUAAAAUGUUUGGUCGUCCUGAUUCUGAUUACCUUAGAUAUAGAUGGAGACCACUUAACUGUGAGCUUCCAAGCUUGUUGUUGUUAGGUUCAAUGGAGUUCAGUUUCUGAUGGGAAUGAAGGGAAAAAGUAUAAUGUUUGUUGGUGAUUCUUUGGGGAGGAAUCAAUGGGAAUCAUUGAUUUGUAUGAUAUAUAAUGAAGUUCCUCAGACACAAACACAACUUGUUAGAGGAGUGCCACUUUCAACCUUCAGAUUCUUGGACUAUGGUGUGACCCUUUCAUUUUAUAAAGCUCCUUUUUUGGUAGAUGUUGAUGUGGUCCAAGGGAAGAGAGUUUUGAAACUGGAGGAGAUAGAUGUAAAUGGGGAUGCUUGGAAGAAUGUUGAUAUCUUGUCUUUUAACUCUGGACAUUGGUGGACACAUGAAGGAUCUCUUCAAGGGUGGGAUUAUAUAGAAUUAGGAGGAAAAUACUACCAAGAUAUGGAUCGUUUAGCAGCAAUGGAAAGGGGUCUAAAAACAUGGGCUAAUUGGGUGGACAGCAAGGUUGAUAAAAGCAGAACCAAGGUGUUCUUCCUAGGAAUUUCUCCAUCACAUAUCAAUCCAAAUGAAUGGACUUCUGGAGUAACAACGGCAUCAUCAAAGAAUUGCUAUGGAGAAACUGGACCAAUCAGUAGCACUGGAACAGCAUACCCUGGUGUAUUUCCAGAACAAAUGAAGGUCAUAGACAUGGUGAUUAGAGAAAUGAACUACCCUGUUUAUCUUCUAGACAUUACAAUGUUAUCGGCGUUUAGAAAAGAUGCUCAUCCUUCAGUUUAUAGCGGUGAUUUGAGUCCUCAACAAAGAGCUAACCCUAUAUACUCAGAUUGCAGUCAUUGGUGUCUUCCUGGUUUACCUGAUACUUGGAAUGAAUUGUUCUAUACUACAUUGUUCUACUAAAUUUUGUGUUUUAGUACUAGCAAAUUAAUUAAUUAACACAAUUAUUUAUCACUAAUUUUGUUGUUGCUCCUUUUUUAAGUAGGUGAUGCAUUUAUGUACUAGCUAAUUUUUUAACACAAUUAUUCAUAUGUUAAGAUAUAUGCUAAUGAAUUGAUGUAAAGACAUUUUCCAAAGAGAGUAUGAAAAAUUAGGCUUGCCA